AUCAUUUCAACAUUCUCUUGCCCCCCAUGGAGAUCAUCUUUAUUAAUGAAUCAUUAGUUCCCACCGAAUCAUCUUUAUGAUAUGACACGAAUACCGCAAACUUUCAGAUCUUUUUAUAGAAUUAUGUCGACGGAUGUACGAGGAGUUGUGUUAUCUGGUACAGAAUUGGCAAAGGAAAUUCGCGACAAACUAUGUAAAGAUGUGAAAACAUUGAAUGAAAAAUUACCAAAUUAUGUACCUGGUUUAGCGAUCGUUCAAGUAGGGAACCGAGAAGAUUCAAAUGUUUAUAUAAGAAUGAAAAUAAAAGCGGCAACUGAGAUUGGAAUUCUCGUAGAUCAUGUCAAAUUGUCAAAUGCCAUCACAGAAGUAGAAUUGAUAAACAAACUAAACAAAUUGAACAAUGAUCCAACCAUACACGGAAUCAUUGUACAAAUGCCGCUUGAUAGUAUUAAUAAAAUUGAUUCUCAUUUGGUUACCGAUUUAGUAUCACCCGAAAAGGAUGUAGAUGGAUUAAACACAAUCAACGAAGGAAAAGUAGCUGUUGGUGAUAUGACGGGAUUUUUACCAUGUACUCCAAAUGGAUGCAUUGAACUUAUUAAAAAGAGUGGCGUACCGAUCGCUGGUGCUCAAGCUGUAGUUUUAGGUAGAAGUAAAAUCGUCGGUACACCUGUGUCUGAACUAUUAAAAUGGCAUAACGCGACUGUAACAGUAUGUCAUUCAAAAACGCGAAAUCUUCCACAAAUUGUCUCACAAGCUGACAUCUUAGUGGUUGGUAUUGGUCAACCCCAGAUGGUUAAAGGAAGCUGGAUUAAACCGGGCGCAGUCGUAAUCGAUUGCGGAAUCAAUUCCAUUCCAGAUCCAACAAAGAAAAAUGGACAACGUUUGGUCGGUGAUGUAGAAUAUUCUGAAGCUGUAAGAGUAGCUUCAUAUAUCACGCCUGUACCUGGAGGUGUUGGUCCGAUGACCGUAGCUAUGUUAAUGAAGAGCACGGUAAUAUCCGCACAAAAGGCAGCAGAAAAAUUGUUAAACCCAAAGUGGAACUUGAGAGUUUUGAAGAUCAAUCCUCAGAAACCGGUAGCUAACGACAUAACACUCUCAAGGAGUCAAGAAUCCAAACUGGUCACGAGUUUAGCCGAAGAAAUUGGUUUGCUGCCUAAUGAAAUUAAUCCUUACGGAAGUAAAAAAGCAAAAAUCAACUUAAACGUUCUAAAACGAUUAAAAGAUCAACCAAAUGGAAAACUCGUAGUAGUUGCUGGUAUCACGCCAACUCCAUUCGGUGAAGGAAAAAGUACAACAACAUUAGGUUUGGUGCAAGCGUUAACAGCGCAUAUAGGAAAAAAUUCAUUCGCAACUUUGAGGCAACCUAGUCAAGGACCUAUUUUCGGAGUUAAAGGUGGAGCUGCUGGUGGAGGAUAUUCGCAGGUUAUUCCUAUGGAAGAAUUUAAUUUGCAUUUGACCGGUGAUAUUCAUGCCGUAAGCGCAGCCAAUAAUCUGUUAGCAGCACAAAUUGAUACUCGGUAUUUUCACGAAUGUACUCAAAAUGAUGAGGCUCUUUACAAUCGUCUUGUACCAACCAUCAAAAAUGAGAGAAAAUUUUCGAAAAUACAAUUGAGACGUUUAGAAAAAUUGGGCAUCGCAAAAACCGAUCCAAAUAGUUUAACGGAAGAAGAAAGAAGCAGAUUCGCAAGAUUAGAUAUUGAUCCAGAAAACAUUACUUGGACUCGAGUGGUCGAUAUAAACGAUCGAUAUUUGCGAAAAAUUACCAUUGGUCAAAGUUCAACUGAGAAAGGUAAAACGCUAGAAACAUCAUUUCGUAUUUCUGUUGGUUCGGAAAUAAUGGCAAUACUUGCACUGUCAACUAAUGUCGACGAUAUGAAGCGAAGACUCGGCAACAUAGUAGUUGCUUUUAACAAAAAUGGUGAACCCUUAACUGCCGAAGACUUCGGUAUGACCGGAGCAAUGGCAAUUUUAUUGAAAGACGCUAUUGAACCAACAUUGAUGCAAUCAAUGGAAGGAACACCUGUAAUGAUUCAUGCUGGACCAUUUGCAAAUAUUGCACAUGGUUGUUCUUCGAUUAUAGCAGACACUAUUGCAUUAAAAUUAGUUGGACCAGAAGGUAUCGUAGUAACCGAAGCUGGAUUCGGUUCUGAUAUCGGCAUGGAAAAAUUCUUUAACAUUAAAUGUCGAACAUCUGGCCAUGUGCCAAACGCUGUUGUACUCGUUGCAACUGUUAGAGCAUUGAAGAUGCAUGGUGGAGGACCACCAGUAACAACUGGUGCACCAUUGAAGAAAGAAUAUCUCGAAGAGAAUCUCGAUUUAGUUAGAAAAGGUAUUCCAAAUCUUCAGAAACACAUUAGUAAUGGAACGAAGUUUGGCAUACCAGUUAUUGUUGCCAUUAACGCAUACGGCACUGAUACCCAAGCUGAAUUAGAAUUAUUGAAACAAGCAGCAAUAGAAAGUGGUGCGACUGAUGCAGUUAUAUGUAAUCAUUGGGCGGAGGGUGGUGCUGGCGCCAUAGAACUUGCUGAUGCAGUCAUAGCUGCUACAAAUAAAAUUAAUAAUUUCAGAUUAUUGUACGAUCUUAAUAUCGGUAUCGAAGAAAAAAUAAAUACCAUUGCCAAAGAAAUGUAUGGAGCUGGAGAAGUUGUACUUACAGACAAGGUCCAAGAGAAAAUCAAAAAGUACACUCAAUUAGGCUAUGAUAAACUACCACUUUGUAUGGCAAAAACAUCAAACUCCCUAACAGGUGAUCCAUCAAUUAAAGGUGCACCUACAGGUUUCACGCUUAAAAUUACUGAUAUAUUUGUAUCAGUAGGAGCAGGCUUUAUAGUACCUAUGGUAGGAGAGAUAAUGAUGAUGCCAGGUCUUUCUACAAGACCAAGCAUUUAUGACAUGGAUUGGAAUAAUGAGACAGACGAAAUAGAAGGCUUGUUUUAACAACAUCAAAUUGCAUGGAUGAACAACCAAAAUCAAACAAGAAGCCAUCUAUACUAUUUACAUUUACUUUAUAUUUACAAAGCAGCUGUGGCAAUUCAGAAAAUCUACCCAGUAAAGGUAUUACUUGUCCAGGAUAUUUCUCUGACAAAAUUUGUGCAUGCUGGUGUGCAAUAGGAUCUCUAUCCAAGGCAAAUAUUUUGACGUCAGAUGAAGAUUCCAAGAUUCUUUUAGAAUGUCCACCAGCCCCAAAUGUCAUAUCCACAAAAACUUUUCCUGGAGAUGGCUCCAAAUAAUGUAAUACUUCAUUAACCAUAACUGGUAUAUGAGAUACAUUGUCAAUAUCAUGAUCAGUUUUGUUUGCUAUUUCGCUAUAUCUUCUACUAUUUUCUAAAUCUGUUGUGUCACUUUGUCUCCAAAAUAAAUAAUGUACAUUUUUAUUAAAAUAUUUCGUACUAUAA